CUUUAAUAUUUGAUGUGUUGUGUUGUUAAGAAAAUUAAGGCAAAAAUAAUAUUACAAUACUUUACAUAAAGAAAACUAACGAAUAUAUUUAUUAACCAUCAAGUAACAAGUUAUUAAAAUAUUUUUUUUAACUCCUGUUAAACUGAUUCGUUCAUGUUUAUUAAAAGUGUCACAGUUUCAUUAUCGUUUGUUCCACUAAAAAGUUUCACUUGUAAUUCACUGCUAUUGACCUAAGUGCUAAUUGGCCAACCUUCAAAUGUUUUCUUUAGUUGUGGUAUAACUGAUACAAUAUAAUUUAGCGCGUCCAUACAUCUCGUGCAAUUGUUACUUUUGUUGUCAAAACAGAUGAAUUGUGAAAAUGGAUAGAUUAAAUCAGAUACGGGGCGAGGCGGGAAGCUCGCGAGACUUAACGCUGGAUACUACUUCCCCGCCAAGUGAGGCCUAUAUGACGGCUAACGAGAGCUCUUCAAAAUACUUUUCGCUAUCUGAAGUCGAUUCAACUUUUAGUAUUUCACCUUCGAAGGAUUCGCUGACAACGACCACCGCCGACCCAGACCGGACUAUUACCUCCGAUACUGAUUUGAUAUCAAAUCUAUCACCGAUUCCGAAAAAGAGUGAUUUAGAUAGUUAUAAAAUUGGUAAGCAAAUAGAGGCCGCCAAUAUUCUCUCUGGUGGUGUUAAUAUUUUUGAUGACAAUGACAACUCUUAUGAUGGCGAUGAACUUGUGAUAGACGAUAAUGUGAUGGUGGAUGAUGAAAAAGGUAAUGUUGAAUUAAAAAUUAAUGAGAGUACUGAGCCUCCAAUAGAUAAAAUGGAGAACCUAGAAGCUUUAGAAGAUACCGAGACUAUACCGAGUAAGGAUACCGAAGUGGUGCUACAAAUAGAUGGAAAGAAUGUUGAUGCUAUUGAUAUUGGUAAUGGAUUAUAUUUAUAUAGAAAAGCCGGUCAAGAGGAACUAGCAGCUGUACAGAUCAUUGAUGAUGAUCAACAACAGCCGAGCUUUAAGUUUUUAAAAGUUCGGGAGAAUGCUGAAGGGAAUUUAGAAGUUUAUGAAGAGAUAGAGGUUGAAAUACCAAAAGAAGUGCCUACAAAAGAUGGAAAUCCUCCUGGAAACACUUCUCACGUGCCUAUAAAGGAUAUAAGUAAAGUGAUAAAUGAGCCUUUAGGUAAUAAAGUUGUGGAUAAAAUACCUAAAACACCAAAAAAGGAAAUGAAUGUUAAUAAUGAUUUGAGUUUAGAAUCCAAUGUUGAAUUGCAUUCGGAAAUAAAAACAGAAGUAAAUUUAAAUGGGAAAAUGAUGAAAUUCAAUGAAUCUCGUAAAUCUCCACUUAUAGGUACAUUCACUCCUAUGACUUAUCAUUCAACACCAAAUAAAGAAGGUAUACCCUUAACAAAAACAAUGGUUGAUCAACAAUUGCACCCUAGUAGACAUUCAGAUAAUAUCAAAAAGACUAUCGAAGUACAUACUGAUAACUGUAGACAAAAACUUUUAGAAACUCCUCCGAAAAAUAAAGAUAAUAAUGAAGUAGGUAAAACACCAGAUGCUAUAAAAUAUAAUCAAGAAAAUGAAGAGAAUGAAGAUGGAGUGUCAUUUAUUCCUCCAGAAGAUAACUGUCAAACACAACUUCAAAAUGAAUCAGACUUAAAAACAUCAGAUUCCAUUGAUAAUCUUGAACCAUCUAAAGAAGAAGGUGUACUUGAAAAAAAUGAUACAUCUAUUAUAUCAAUAGUGGACAAUUCCGAAUCCUCAAUAACAAUUGUGAAUGAAUCUGAACAAAAAUUGCCAUCAACCAUAACAGAAGUAUCUAUUGAAGAAAAGAAAAUAAAUGAAAAUAUUCAAAAUGAUAAUGUGAAAUCUCAUAAUGAGACUAACAUUCCACUUUCUAAUGACAAUGUAAAAGAUAAGGAGACAUCAAGUAAAUCACAAAUAAAUGAAGUAAUUAUUAAAGGUACUAAAACUGAUACAGAUGAAGUCUUUGAAAAUAUAACCAAUGAUAACAUUGAAGUGCAAACCUUUUCUGAAGUUAAUUAUGUUGCAAAAGAAUUAAAUGAAAAACCAUUAAUUACUGACAGUUCUCUAGAUUUAGAAGUAUGUAAUAAAAAAGAAGAUACCAUAAUAGCAAUAGAAACUGUCAGUACAAAUAUUGAUGCAGACUCAGAACCUAACAAAGAAGUCAAAAUCAACUUAACGACUAUUCCAGAAACAAAAAACGCAAAUGAGAUUAAAAUUUAUGAAAGUGAAAUAAAAAAUCAUAAAGAAACCACUCAAAACAAUCUAAAUGAAAUUUGCGACAAUAUUACUAAUCCCAAGACAGAAUCAAUAAACACAAUAAAAGUAAAGGAAAGUAAAAAAGAUAUUACCGAAAAUAAACAUGAUGCGGACACUUUAAAUACGAUAAAAAAUAACGAACCCAUAAUUUCUAAUGUACAAUUGAAUGUGGAUAAGUCAGAAGACAAACCCAAAAAUAUUUGUCCAGAUGAAAAAAAUACUUGUUUAAACGAUACAAGUGCCAAUAAUCCAACCGACACUAAAAACAAAUCAAAUUCGGAAGAUUGUAGAAAAGAAGAUAAGUCUGAAACAGAAAUAGCAAAAUAUUGUAUACCAAUUGAUGCAAAAGAAGGAAACAAUGAUAAAUGCUUAAAUUCAUUACAAAAACCAAACCCAGAAAUUGUUGUCGUUUUGAAUGACACUGUUUCUCAGCCAAUCACAAGUAAUUGUGACAAAGUAAGAAUUGAUCCUGACAGUUCUAAAAAAACAAAACUGUGUGCAAAUGUGACAACGAAUAUAAAUAAAUUAAUAUGUCCAAAAAGUAAUACAGACAAAAAUAAAAUAGAAAUAAAGGAUGAUACAACAAAAUCAAAAGUAGUUGUAGCUUCAAAACCAAUUAACAAUAACAAUAGUGCAGUUCCAUUUGGAAAAUGGACUUCUGCAAAUAGACAAGAGUUUUUGAAUAAAAUAAAAGAAACCAAAAUACCUACUAAUAAUUCUAAUACAAAGCAAUUGAAACAACCUAAUGAUUUAAAUAGAAGGGAUGUUUUGAAGAAAAUUGAUAGCCAAAGGCAAUCUGCUACUGGAUCUAUAAAAGUGGGAGAUUUUGGACUAAUGUCGAAACUUAAUACAAAAAUUGAAACUGCAGCUUUUGUAAAUAAAAGUAAUGCUAACCAACACACAAAUAAAUUGGAAACAAAAGUUACUUCAGUAAAAAUUCAACCUUCUUUUGUAAAACAAAAACCCACGGUGAGUAAGAGAGAAGAAGAGUGCAUAGAUUCCAUUUCAACUAAAAUACCUAUACAGCGAAAAGAAAUCAAUAACCAGGACUUAAUUGAUAAAACAAUCGAAGGUAUAAUUAACAGAGCUGUUUCAACAAAAGGUACCGUAGAAAAUCCUGGUGAAAAAACAGAAAAUAAUGAUAAAAAUAUAAAUUCCAAUACAGUCUCAUUAGAUGAAAUUGAGAUGAAGAUGAACGAAUUACAUGGAAAUCCGUAUGAAGAGCGAGCGUCACAUGAAAUGCCCCAAAUGAUCAGUAACGACAUUAAAAAUAAUACUACAUCUGAACACAUACAAAUGGACAAAAAUAGUAAAAUAUCUAACCUUAUGCCAUUUAAAAAUAAAGAUCAACAUAAUGAUGUAAAAGAAAAGGAACCCGAUGAACUUUCCGAUGAGGAAAUUAUAGAGCAUGAGCCAAUCACAGGAGACAUAGAUGUUAACAAAAAGAAUUUAGUGACUUUAUUGUCCAGUAAAGAGAAAACUCCAAAUGAAACCAGAAAAGAAGCAAUAAUUACGGAAAAAGAUUUUGAUAAAUUUGCUAGAAGAAAUUCUUUUACUUAUGAGAAUUGUAUUACUAUGAGUUUUGAUGGUAAAGAGCCACAUAAUGUUAUUCAAACUGUAGUAGAGAAAGAACCUCCGGUGAAAAAAUUAUCUCGAAACGAAUUAAUGCUUGCCGAAUCUAAAGCAAAGUCUACUAUUAAACAACAUAAUAUUGCAAUGAGACAAAAUAACCAGUUGAGUAAAAUCCCAACUUCCAUAAAGUUAGCAAAUGAAGAAGAUACAUUUAACAAAAAUUACCAAUCUAAAGUGCAAAUUGCGUAUCAAUCUGUUUUGACAGCGAAGCGAAAUUUGGAGUGUCCAAUCUCAAUAAUUGAAGACAAACCAGUAAAAGUAGUUUAUAUGGAAUCAAACGUAGAGUUUACGCCAACACAAUUAAAUGUACAGGGACAGGAAUUAUCACCAUCUAAAAAGCAAACACCGGAAUCAUCUGAUGUACACAGUGCUUCAGAGUCUUUAGAUUCAGAUACUCUAGAAACUCUAAAUGAAAUUAAGCCACAAGACGAAACAAAGUCUAAAAUCAAACAUCAAAGAAAGCAAGUCUUGACACCAGUAAACGAACCUGAAUUAGAAUUAAUUGAACCGGAUGAUCUAGGAAUUGAAGUGUCGCCGAAGAAAAAACGUAAGUUAGAAGAUAAAACUGAUAAAACCACAAAAACUCUUGUGCCAAAGAAAUCGUAUCUGCUAAAUCGUAAUAUAAUAGAUGAAGAAAUCAAGAAAACUCAAGAUUUAGUAAAGAAGUCUCCGAAUGAAACCGAGAAACAAAGUGAUUCAUUUAAAAGUCGUACAGAUACUAUAUCUGCAAUAGAUAAUUUAGUCAAAGCUGCUGAAUUAAUCGAAACACAAGCCGAAAAUAAAAAUACUAUAAUUAAUGUACAAUCUUCGGAUAAUUCUCCAAACACGCCAAUAAAGAGGGGAAGAGGCCGCCCUAGAAAGUAUCCACUACCUGAACAAGGAAUAGAAUUAAAGGUACCAAGUCCACAGAAAAAGCCUCGAUUGAUAGAUGCUAAAGUUACCAAAAAUUUCACAGAUUCUGAAGACAGUAGUGAUGGAGAAAUCAUUAAAGAAAAUUGGACAAUGGGAAAAAUAAAUGAAAAUAUUGUUUGUCCCAUUUGCAAUAAGUUAUUUAGAUCUGAGAAUGUUGUGUUUAAACAUGUCAAGCAUUGUACAGGACCAUCUCCUAAUAGAUCUGAUUCGGAUAAACGAAGUCCGAUGAGACUGAGACACUCCUCUGACAGAAAAUCCUGCGAAAGUAGAUCAGACUUCACAGAUGACGACGACGAAGAAGAAAAAAUUAGAAGCCGUAAGGGUCGUCACUACGCUCAAUCUAUGAAUAACAUUGACGAUGUUAUUGUAAUAGAGGACACGCCUAUUAAAGAGAGACCGGAAAAAAAACAAAAACUGAAAGUUUCCGAGUUAAAGAAAAAUAUCAUUAAAAGUAAACAUCAUCAUAAUACUAAUAAUCUAAUUUGUGAAUAUUGUGGAAAAACAUUCAGGCAAUUAUCAUAUUUAGUCAACCAUAAAAUUCAACACAAAAAAGAACCCAAAGAAGAAGUGAAAACCUCCGAUAGUGAAAUCACAAAAUCUGUCUUUAGUUGUGAAAUUUGCAAAAAAGAAUUUCGAAAAUUGCACCAUUUAGUUCAGCAUCGACUAAUUCAUAAUUCUAACCCCAUUGCAACAAGGGUACUCAGAAAAAGUUCUUCUGAACAGCAUGAUAUUGCAAAAUCUUUGAAAAAUCAGACAGAAACAAAACAAAACGAUGAUCCUAGUGCUGGUUUUCGAUGUGAACCAUGCGAUAAAUCCUUUAGAAAAUUACAUCAUCUGGUUGAACAUAGAGAAACUCAUGAUGGUAUCAAUAAAAAAUGUACUACAAAUGCACAAAGUACCAAUGAAACUACCAAGCCUUCACUAUCUCACUAUUGUGACGUUUGCAAAAAAGUAUUUAAAAAAUUACAAGACUAUUUGGAACAUAAGGAACAACAUUUAGAGACAAGUUCUGAAAAAUCAGACGAUAAAAGUGUCAAGAGCUCGCUCUCAACAAAAGAUAUUAUACACGAGUGUUCACUUUGUUACAUGGUGUUUCCUAAUGAGCAUUCUUUAAAUAAACAUACAGUUAUUUGUCUCAGAAAGAAAAAACAAUCAGCUGCUAAGCAGGCUGCUAAGAAAACCGAGGAAGAGGAAAAUAUGGAUGGUGAUGACAGUAAAUCAGAUGAAAAUAUGUCUCAAGAUACUAUUGAUCCAAAUAAUCACAAUGAAAAAGCCGACCACUGCGAAAUAACUAAAAGUCCACAAAAAGAUACAGAUCCUUUACAACAAAAAAUAGAAUCUGAAGAUGAUGACCAAAUAAACGUAAUUUCUGAUAAUGAUAAUAUCAAGGAAUUAGAAAAGAAAAAACUUAAGUUGGAACCAAAACUAAGUGAAGUAGAAUUGCUACCUGAAAAAAUAUCCAGAGAACAACCUAAUCAAAAUAUAACCUCCAUUGAUAAUGCUGCUGAAAACUCUGUAAAAAUAAAGAAACCUGAAAUCAAAGAACAUGUUACUAUUGUAGAAACACCUACACCUAAAAAGAAGUUACCUCUGAAAGACAAGAUAACUCCAACUGUUACAAAAAGGCAUAAAACUGUUAACAUAUCUCUACCAGUUGUUGAAGAACCCAAACCUAAAGUUGAGUCAAGUGAUGAUGAUGAAAUACGAUACAUGUUAAACCCAAAUUUCAAAGAAGAUGAAUCUUCGGAGGGUAAACUAUUCAUGAAAGUAAGAGCUAAGAAACGUAAUUCCCUUCAGAUCGAAAGGCCAAAUUCGAAAGAUUUAAUUAAAAGAAGAAUAUCAUUGCAGCAUCCACCAAAAAUACCAAGACUGAAAGCAAAGGCAGUUGAACCGAGGCCUCUUAAUUCUUUAACGGUAGAGAAAAAGUUAAAGCUUUCAAAACCAGAACAGGUGCCUUACACGGAUUCCGAUGAUAGUGAUGUAAAAUAUUCCUUCCCAAGAACAAAACCGCCGGAAGAUGUUGCUUCCAAAGACAUAGACAAGAAAAGCAAAAAACAGUCUUUGGGCGCUAAAAGAAAAUCUCUUAGUGGAAUAGCGAAACGAAAAUCAAUGGGAAAGCACAAGUUAGCGACACCCACAAAUAAAACCAAAAAACGCACAACAGAAAUAGAACAUAGAUGCGACUGCGGGCAGUUGUUUAGCAGCGCGGCGCUGCUGUCCCGACACACAACUCUGGCGCACACGCCGCCGCGGAUCCGUCGCCGACGCUCGCCUCCGCCCGAGGUCGAAACACAAACGCCUAAUAAAUCACGGACAAAUAAAACUAAAACGAUUGUGCAAUCAAAAAAGCUCAGAAGUGAUGUUACCAACUCGAAUACGACCCAAAAUUUAGGAGUAGGAACCAGAAAAUCUAGUGUUAAUAAUAGUGAAGCAAAAAUUACGAACGAUGUUAUCAAGGCAAUAAAAAACGAACCCAGCGGCAAAAAGCUCAGAAGUUCCGCACAUAGAGGAGUGCCUGUACCGGAGAAAAUGAGGAAACUUAUGGAGAAAUCGAAAAAGUAACUGAUAUCGAUAUGAGAUGGAAGUUAUUGACUGAAUAGGAUUUCUGGAUAUUGUAUGAGAAACUAGAAUAAGAAUAGGGGUCGCUAGUAUGUAGAUAAAAUCACGCAUCACAAGCGCUCACAAUGAUGUAACAGACGGACCAUUGUUUAAUAGAUAUAUUUUUCCUAUUUCGGCAUGUUUAAGAUACACCAAAUGACAAAUAUUUUUAUCGCAGUUUGGAGCGUUGGUCUUGUCUAUAUGUAAAUUUGCGAAAUUAAGAAUCAUAUAUAGGUAUAUAUUUUGUCAAUUUGUUCUAUUAUAGAUAUAGAUAUAUGAUGUAAAAGAGUAAUUAUUUAUAUUUGUGUUAGUAUUAAGAAUUAUUUCCUUUUUUAUAUUUCUUUUAAGUGCAGUGCAGUUUUAGUUGAACUGUUAUAAUCAUUAACACUGCUAAUAAAAAAAAGUCUAUUAAUAAUUGAGAUGAUUUGGUCGAAAUUUGUUGUACAUUUGUUCUUGUUGCAGUAAUGAACAAAUAAAACUAAAUAUAUAUAUAAUAUAUAUAUAUAUAUAUUUAUUAAUAAAAAUGUUAUUAACAAGCACAGGUACAAUUUUAAGAUAUCUAUCGAGCCAAGGAAAUAAUCUAAUUAAUUGUAUGACGCAGAUCUGUUGUAAACUGCAAGCUUAGUGAGAGCUAUUGUUUCGUAGAACGAAACUAUAUUACCAAUUCUGAUAAUUUCUACAAUUUAACUUUUUUAACGAAUUCUUCAUUUUAAUUCAAUAAUAAAAUUCCGACAUUAGUCUGAAUGCACAAUUUUGAAAUUAAAUAGAAUAGAGCAAACAAGGACAGAUCGCUCACUUAAUUAAUUCUAAAAAGUAAACACAAGACAUCGGUUUUAUUAUUGUGGUACAGUUGUAUAGCUAACAAUCGUAACACAUUUCCCGAACAUGGAUUUUUCAAAGGGCAGGGUAAAAAUAU